AGAAUGAAAAAAAGAUGAGCCAAAACAUUCACAUUUAUAAUAUUAAAAAAAAAAAAAAACCCUGGAAAACAUAAUCAAUAAAUGUACAAUGAAAUAUGGGAUAUGAUUAAAUAAAUCAAGUGAGGAAAGAAUUGUUAGAAUUAACAAGAAGAGCGCGACAGAAAAAGAAAAGAACCUGACCUUCCAAAAAGUGAAGAACCUUUUGUGUAGAGUGUAAUAGGCAGUGUUUGCAGUGGUGUUGGAGGAGGUGGAAAGAGAGCAGAGACAGAUAGAUUGACAGUGAGACAGCUAAUUGCUGAGUCCAUCCCUCAUUUCCAUAUCCAGUGUGUGUCCGCUGGACCUCAGCCAAUCCCCUCUCACACCACCAUUAAUCGCAAUGCAUUAUUCACUAUCAUAAUUAUAUACAGACAUGCGCAAUCCACACAACAGCAACACCAGCUAAUUUCCGUAAUUUUGCAACUCGACUAUUUGUGAACAUUUUUUUUUUUUUUUUUUUUUUUUUUUUUUGCUCGCUGCUGAUGUAUCUGCAAAAAGCAGAAACAAGUCGCUUCUUACCAGCAGCAUGUCGCGCCGCAAGCAAGCAAAGCCCCAGCAUCUGAAAUCGGAAGAGCAAGCACUAGCUACCGAGGUAGUUUCAGAAGAUGCAGUCCCACAGGAAGGAGUGGAUGAUGCAGACAGUGGAAAUGAGAGUAGAAGUGGCAGCGAAGAAACACACAUUUGUGAUAAGUGCUGCGCUGAAUUUUUUAAGUGGCCAGACUUCUUGGAGCACCAGAAGAACUGCACAAAGAACCCUCUGGUGCUUAUCGUGAAUGAGGACGAGGCGGCUCCAGACCCUGAAGAGUUUCUGACAGAGCCUUCCCCUGUCCACAGCUGCCCCAGUGAACCAGCGGACAGUGAGGCUGCCGAGGAGAGUAGUCCAAUAACAGAGAGCAAUGAAAGCUCUGAGGUAGUAAAGAGCACCGAAAAGGAAGACGAGCCCAUGGAGGUGGAACUAUCGUCCGACAAAGAAGCGCAAAAGGAUCCAGGUUCUUCAGAAACCCCUGCUUUUCUACCUCAGCUUCCAAACCCAUCUUUUGUGACAAACUAUAACAUGCCAAGCACUAAUGUGACUUUAGAGACUUUACAGAGCACUAGCGUAGCAGUUGCACAGUUCUCACAGAGUUCUCGAACUGGUGCAAAUACCGGGGCGACCACCAUGGCCAUCCCUAUGAUACUGGACCAAUUGAUAGCCCUUCAGCAGCAGCAGAUCCACCAGUUGCAGCUGAUUGAACAAAUCCGCAGUCAGGUGGCAAUGAUGAACCGACAGCCAAUGCAACCGCCCCUGAACCCAGUUGUAGCUUCCCAGGGGGCUUCACUGACAACUGUCAACCAACUUAAACUCCCAGGCUUCAUUGCCCCUCCACUUCAUCAGUUGCCAGCUCCAGUGCUGUCUGCAGUCACUGGACAGGCAUCUGGUCCUAUCCCAUCCACCUUGGAUGGGCCUCAGCAACAUGUUUCAUGUUCAGCUAACCAAGGCAUGCCGAACCGCGUAUCUGUUUCAGCUGAACCAAGCCUGCCCCCAACCAGCUGUAAUGUGAUUCCGUCUCUUGUUACUCCUUGCACCAUCACAAACACAAGCAACAGCUCCACACAACCAAAAAAUGCUUCAACCCCUCCCUCAAUUGGACACAGAAGCCUGCUCAGCCCAUCUUCCAGCUUGGCACUACUACCUCAGAGCUCCUCAAGUAGUGUGAUCUUCCCCAACCCUUUAGUUAGCAUUGCAGCCACUGCCAAUGCCCUAGAUCCUCUCUCCGCCCUCAUGAAGCAUCGUAAGGGAAAGCCACCCAACGUGUCAGUGUUUGACACCAAACCCAGUUCAGAAGACCCGUUUUUUAAACAUAAAUGCAGGUUCUGCGCCAAGGUCUUUGGGAGUGACAGUGCUUUGCAGAUUCAUCUGCGUUCUCAUACUGGAGAGAGGCCCUUCAAAUGUAACAUUUGCGGGAACCGUUUCUCCACCAAAGGAAACCUAAAGGUUCACUUUCAGAGGCAUAAAGAGAAGUACCCUCACAUCCAGAUGAACCCCUACCCAGUACCAGAAUACCUCGACAAUGUACCUACUAGCUCUGGCAUCCCCUAUGGGAUGACUUUGCCACCUGAAAAGCCAGUGACAACAUGGCUGGAUAGCAAGCCUGUGUUAUCAACAGUCCCGAACUCGGUUGGGCUGCAGUUGCCUCCUACUCUUCCAGGCAUGGGUAGCUACAACGAUUCUCCAAGUAUUACUCCAUUGAACAGGUCACCGCAAAGGCCCUCUCCCACUUCAAGUGAAUGUGCUUCGUUAUCACCAAAUCUUACCAACACGGAAUCCAAUGUUUUAGCAGCUCCGGAAUCUCCCCAACAGACCCUUGGUAAUUUGGCUCCUCCAGUUCUUAAACCUGAGGGAAUUCACCUGCCACCUAGCUGCACAACAAGGCCAGGGGAGAACCCCACCACAACUGGCCAAGCAGUUUUUUCAGCUUCCAACACUACUAGUACUACUGUUACUACAGUUGCUACUACUACAGUAAUUGUUACAGAACCCAGCACACCUCCAGCAAGCAUCUUCAAUCCUGUACUUCCAAUGAUUUCUGAUCAGUUCAAGGCAAAUUUUCCAUUCAGUGGUCUACUAGACUCUAUGCAAACCUCAGAGACAUCAAAGCUGCAGCAGUUAGUGGAGAACAUUGACAAAAAAAUGACAGAUCCAAACCAGUGUGUCAUUUGCCACCGUGUACUCAGUUGUCAGAGUGCCCUGAAGAUGCACUAUCGCAUUCACACAGGAGAAAGGCCAUUUAAAUGUAAGGUCUGCGGCCGUGCCUUCACCACCAAAGGCAACCUGAAAACACACUUUGGAGUUCACAGAGCAAAACCACCACUAAGAGUGCAACAUUCCUGUCCCAUCUGCCAGAAGAAAUUCACCAACGCUGUGGUCCUGCAGCAACAUAUUCGUAUGCAUAUGGGAGGGCAGAUUCCUAACACCCCUUUACCAGAGGGUUUCCAGGACAGCAUGGACACAGAACUUUCCUUUGAUGAGAAGAGCAUUGACGCCAUGAGCAACUAUGAUGAUGAAAUGAUGGAUGAGAACUCCAUGGAAGAAGAAGGGGAUUUGAAGGAAAUGGAAAGUGAUUCUUUUAAGCCUUUGCAGUCUUACUCUGGUUCAUCACCCACCUCUCCCCCUUCUGUUAUUUCCAGCAUUGCUGCACUGGAGAACCAGAUGAAAAUGAUUGACUCCACUAUGAGCAUGAACUAUAAUUUUGGACUGAAAUCUACUGAAAAUGGAUUCAUGGAGAGUGAUCAUUUGACCAAUGACUCUUUCUCGAUUGUGGGUGAUCUUGAAAGCCAGAGCGCAGACAGUCCUGCUAUGUCAGAGUCCUCCAACUCUAUGCAGGCCUUGUCCCCUACUCUUAGUAGCUCUGAGAGUCCUAAGUACAAAUCACCAGGAUUCAACAACCAUGAAGAGCAACAGGAGGAGCAUGCUAUUGUAAAGUCAGAAAAAGCUGAAACCCCCUCACCCACACCCGAGAAUGGAGGCGCACUAGAUCUGACAGCCACCCAACCCAGCAGACCCGUCAUCAAAGAGGAGGUUCCUUUUAGCAUGCUGUUCCUGAGCAGAGAACGUGGUCCAAGCCAAAGCACUCCUAGCCUGGUCACCAACACAGCGCCCAGCAUGAUCAAAAUUGAAGUGAAUGGUCACAACAAGCCGACCUCCCUAAGUGAGGGCCCACACUUUCCAGUUGGUAUCCAGGUUCCAGCUGCACCCCAUACAGUGAUGAGCCCAAGUAUCACUCCCAUGCUGGCACCGCCGCCACCGCGCCGGACACCCAAGCAGCACAACUGUCAUUCCUGUGGGAAGAACUUCUCCUCAGCAAGUGCUCUGCAGAUCCAUGAACGCACUCACACUGGUGAAAAACCUUUUGGUUGCACAAUCUGUGGUAGGGCUUUUACCACUAAAGGAAAUCUUAAGGUUCACAUGGGAACCCACAUGUGGAAUAAUGCUCCUGCUAGGCGAGGUCGCAGACUGUCAGUGGAGAACCCAAUGGCACUAUUGGGAGGUGAUGCCAUGAAGUUCACCGAGAUUUUUCAGAAGGAUCUGGCAGCAAGAGCUAUGAACGUCGACCCUAGUUUCUGGAACCAGUACGCUGCAGCUAUCACCAACGGCCUGGCUAUGAAGAACAAUGAAAUAUCUGUUAUACAAAACGGAGGCAUCCCCCAACACCCCGUUAUUCUGGGCGGUGGUGGAAUUCCAUCGUUAAAUAGUUUCACAAGCGGAAUGGACAGGGCACGCACUGGCAACAGUUCGCCUGUGACUGGUUUUGACAAGACAAAUGUAGAUACGGGAGGAAAUCGUCCAUUUUCUAGGUUUACUGAAGAUAAUAAAGAGAUUGGUAUUAACUAAAAGACUUCAUAAUAGCAAAGUAACUGUUCAAUCAGUUCUAACUAUAAAUUCAUGUACUAUAUUAUGUACAGUUUUUUUUUGUUUUAUUAAUUGUAAUAUUCAGUAUUUGUUAGAAAAUGAUCUUAUUUACCUUGCUUUUGUUUCCUUGCUACUUUACUCAUUCCAAGAAUACAUUAUUUCUUGGCUGAGAUUCGGUUGUCUUGCAAGAUUUGCAUGGUACUUUUUUGGUUUCUACCAGUACGUUUGACUGUUUUGGGGGAAAAAAAAGAAAAUGUUCUAAAAUUUAGAUUUUUACCCAAGCUCUUUAAAGAUUUAAAAAAAAAAAAACAAAAAAAAAAACACAUCAGAAUAAAAUAUAUAAAACAAUAUUUAAAAAGAGGCUACCUUGGUGUAGUUUCUUUGCACAGGUACUGUACACUUCAGAAGAUUAAAAGGGCCUUGAAUUUAUGAGACUGAAAUGCAUUGUUUGAUGUUGUUCUUGUAUUUUUUUUCUCCACAUGAAGUACAAACUUGAACAUCUUUUUAUAUAAUAAACAUUUUAAUCUUAACAUUGUAGUGCCCCAUAUUGUAUUACAAUUCAUUGUCCAAUGUAUUUAGUAUUUAUAAUAUUGAGAAAAUGCGGGUAAAAUAAAUAAGUAAAUAAAACAUGUAAUAGCCCAACCUUUACUGAUCCCUUUUCUAACUGAAGACAACAAACAUAAUGGAUUUUUCCUUUAAUAAAGGCAGCAAGCACAAUAAAGUUUUAUUGAAAAAUAACAACAACAACAAAACACAAAGAAAAAAAAGAAUUGUAAAGUUUUAUUUGGAAUUUUUGCCCUGUAUGGUACAUGUAUAACUUUUACAUUUUUUUGUAUUAUGUUUUUUAAUGAGUUACAUUAGCUGCUAUUUGAACAGAUGUGCUAUUACAUGGAAACCAUUUUAAGAGUUACACUGUACAAAAUAAAAAAUAAAAAAAUGAACACAAUUUAGACAAAUCUUACUAAUAUUAAUAAAAGUAAAUAUAUGCAUACUUUUAGUUAAUAUUUAAUAAGUCUAAAUUUAAUUUGUAUAAUUUGAUGAGAAUUAUUAAGUUUAUGCCUGUGCACUUUUUAAAUUAAAGGUUUGUCUGUAAUUUGUGUUAACCCUUAACAAAGCUAUUAUGUAUUAUUUGAAUCACUUCUAAUCUGUUUUCAAGAAACAGACCUGUAUGCCACACCAACAGUGGUUCCAUUCAUCUAAUUAAAGAAACUUUAUGUCCGAGUGAAAAAGAAAAAGAAAAGAAAAUGACUUCUGAUGUCUGCAGAUUCAAGAAUCGUUGAAGAGAGUAUUGUGUAGGUUUGGUUUUUACUGUACAUAACUUAUUUCCACAUACAAAAAGGGAUGUCUAAUAUUAUGUAUUUGUACAGCACAGCAAGGAAAAUUUCCUAGUAGCGUUCAACUCUUAGAAUCCUGUUUUACUUGCUUCCUCCUUGCUGUUUUGCUAUUCUUUGAUUGUACUUUGGUCAUUAAAACCAUAUGUUUGGUGCGAUCAUGGUGUUAAACAUAAAUCAUGCAAAAAUGGAUGGUUUCCACUCUGAGCUAUGGUGUUGGGGAGGCUGGGGCUUAUUUAAAACUUGAACUAACAGUAUAUGUUUUGUGUACUACCUCAUUUUUUUUUUGCAUUAAACAUCGUGGGCUUGGACAGUUAUGGAAACUUCCAUCGUUACUAAAUGUGCAACUGAACUGUACUGGUAUUGUGCAACAUUGAAAAGCAGUUGUGUGAGUGCCCCUGCAGAAUGACGAAAACAGGAAAGAUCUUUUUUUUAAACGUCUGGGACUUGACAAUUGACUUAACGUGGACAAUCGUUCUAAAACAUAAAUCCCACCAUUGUACUGCAAGGGGAUGAAUUCAUUCUGUCAUCGUGUGAUUCAGUAACAAAAACAUGAACAAAACAACAAGAAGAACAAACUAUUCACUUUGAUAGCUGUGUAUUUGUAUUGGAAGAGAUCAAGUUUAAAAGACUAUUUACAGUGAUGAUCAGCAUGUCACCACUGUAUUUUCAUCUUUUUUUACCCAUAAUGUUGGGGAAUUUUGUGGUCACUUUUAAAGAAAGAAAACAAUCUUAAGGUGGCUGCAUUUCAGCAGUUGAAUGUUUUUAUUUAUCUGUGUAAUUUUUUUCUGUGUGCUUUUUGUUUGUUUUUGUUAGUAUCUGGUACCAUGUAGUGUUAUCCCUUCUCUAAGGAAGUGUACAGGUUUAAGAGAUGUAAAGUGUUGUAAAUAGGAAGGUUGCUAAAGGUACAGUUAAGACUGAACCCAUUUUGUGUUCAGGGCCUAGCUCUUCCUCUCUGCAUGGUGAAGAGAGACACUAUUUUUAUAAUGCGAUACCAUGUGGGGCUGGACGGCCAACCCGAACCGGCUGGGCGUUGUUACCUAGAUCCAAUAUUUUUUAUUAGUAAACCUUGUUGGCUUGACACAUCUAAUGACCGAAAUGGAUGUCUUAGUCUAGGUUACUAUUUUGUCAUAUGGAAUUGAAUAAAUUGCAGGAUGUAAUAUUA